CUUGAAGUCGCGCGUUUAAUAUGACUUCGACAACAAGAUAUUUAACUUCAUUUGCGUUCAUAAACCAAGGGACAGAUAUGCUGUUAUGAUUGAAAACAACGUGUUUAAAAAAUGAUUUCAAUUCGAUUGACAGGAACAAAAGUAUAAAGAGGCAGGUGUAAUCGAUCAGACGGCCACAUGGAAACAAUACACAAAAUCGGUCAAAAGACGCGGCUGUUACACAAUAGGAGAGACAAUCAGGGAGGUCAAGACAAAUGAUAACGAGGAUAACUAUUCGCAAGUCAAAGAGGCUGGUGUGCUUGACAUAGAAUCGGUCAUUAUCGACUGCAGUAACACUAUAAUAUCAAACACAGAGGCAGGUGUGCAUUAACUGUCAGCUCAGACACUUAGAGUGACACUAGAAAUAGAAUCGGCCGCAAUUAAAGGAUGUGACACUUUAAUAUCAAACACAGUGGCAGGUGUGCAGGGGCUAGCAGUACAGACAGUAAAAGGGAAACAAGAAAUAGAAUCGGCAAUAAUAGAAUGCAGUGACACUAUAAUAUCCAACACAGAGGCAGGCGUGCAUGAACUGUCAGCUCAGACAGUAAGAGGGAAACAGCACAUAGAAUCGGUCACAAACGGACGGCCGUGACCCUGUAAUAUCCAACACAAAGGCAGGUGUGCAUGAACUGUCAGCUCAGACACUUAUACGAAAACAAGACAUAGAAUCGGCCACACUCGAAUGCAGUGACACUAUAGUAUCCAAGACAGAGGCAGAUUUGCAUGAACUGUCAGCACAGCUACUUAAAGAGACACAAAACAUAGAAUCGGCCACAAUGGAAGGAAGUGACACUAUAAUAUCCAACACAGUGGCAGGUGUGCAUGAACUGUCAGCACAGCUACUAAGAGAGACACAAGACAUAUAACUGGCCACAAUGGAAGGAAGUGACACUUUAAUAUCCAACUCAGAGGCAGGUGUGCAUGAACUGUCAGCUCAGACAGUUAGAGGGAAACAAGAUAUAUAAUCGGCCACAAUAAAGGAUGUGACACUAUAAUAUCCAACACAGAGGCAGGUUUGCAUAAACUGUCAGCACAGCUACUUAGAGGGAAACAAGACAUGGAAUCGGCCAAAAUGGAAGGAAGUGACACUAUAAUAUCCAACACAGUGGCAAGUGUGCAUGAACUGUCAGCUAUUACAGUUAUGGGGAAACAGGACACAGAAUCGGUUAUAAUGGACGGCAGUGACACUAUAAUAUCCAACACGGAGGAAGGUGUGCAUGAGCUGUCAGCGCAGACACUUAGAGGGACACACGAAAUAGAAUCGUCCAUAAUUAAAGGAUGUGACACUAUAAUACCAAACACAGAGGCAGGUGUGCAGGAGCUUACAGUACAGACAGUAAGAGGGAAACAAGACAUAGAAUCGGCCAUUAUAGAAUGCAGUGACACUAUAAUAUCCAACACAGAGGAAGGUGUGCAGGAGCUGACAGUACAGACAGUAAGAGGGAAACAAGAAAUUGAAUCGGUGUCAAUGGAAGGAAGUGACACUAUAAUAUCCAAUACAGAGGCAGGUGUGCAUGAACUGUCAGCACAGACAGUAAGAGGGACACAGGACAUAGAAUCGGUCAUAAUGGACGGCAGUGACACUAAAUUAACUAACACAGAGGCAGGUGUUCAUGAACGUUCAUCACAUACAGUUAGAGGGAAACAGGUCAUAGAAUCGGUUAUAAUGGACGGCAGUGACACUAUAAUAUCUAACACAGAGACAGGUGUGCAUGAACUGUCAGCACCGACAGUUAGAGGGAAAAAGGACAUAGAAUCGGUUAUAAUUGAUAGCAGUGACGCUAUACUAUCCAACACAGAGGCAGGUGUUCAUGAACUGUUAGCACAUACAGUUAGAGGAAAACAGGACAUAGAAUCGGUUAUAAUGGACGGCAGUGACACUAUAAUAUCCAACACAGAGGCAGGUGUGCAUGAACUGAAAGCACAGAUUGCGAGAGGGAAAGAUGACAUACAAUCGGAUGUAAAGGCCGCAAAAGAGGACAUUGUGGCUCACGCAAAAAGGGAAGUCAGAGAUUUUAAGGCAAAUGCUGACGAAGUAAACUAUUUGCAACGCAAAGAAAUGCUAUUUGGUAUGAUGAUUAAAUAUUACGACAACACACUGAGUACCAUGACAACAUCGCCAUUGAAUGACGGUGUCCACGCUAGGGUAGAUGAUAUUUACAUGCCACCCAAAUUGCAGCUGAUGGAAAAGGUCAAGGGGACCUUCAAGAAAACUGAUACAACAAUUACGACAUACAGCAAAGUGUUUUUAAAGGAUGGUAAAUACAACAGAAACAUGUUCAUUCAAGGUGAGACAGGGUCUGGCAAAUCCACGUUUCUUGCCAUAUUAGUUAGAGACUGGUGUAGUAUAAGUAGUAAAACAUCAGGAAAACAGUUUUCUCAGACGGACGAAACUUACACUGCCGAUGCUUAUGCACGAUUGAGACCCUCUGAUUUCUUUAAAGAUCUAAAGACCCUGAAAGUGUACACGUUCGUCUUCCAUGUUACUUUAAGGGAUUCAGUCAAUGAGUUAAACAUUUUAGAGAUGAUUAAAAAACAAAUACUAGACGAAAUUUACGGCGAUAAGGAUAAACGCGAAAAUGCAUACCGACUACUGAAUGAGAUCAUGGAACGUGAACGCUGCUUGGUAUUACUGGAUGGCCUAGAUGAGUGGACAUGUAACAAAGGUCGCAGCCUACCGGUAUUGGCUGUAUCUCACAGUCACUGUGAUGUGUUGAUUACAACUCGACCUUGGAAAUUGACAGAAACGAUGAUACCUGACGCGAAGAUUGACAUGCUGCUUCAACUGGAAGGAGUUAACGAGCCUUUUGAGGUGAGCAGAAGACUGCUUAGCUGUAUGGAUGAUUGUAAAGAUAGCAUGAUGUUAGACAAAAAACACUCAGAAUUUUUAUCAUACAUAUUGAAAAAUCACUUGGUAAAGUUUCUGAUUUCACCAAUGCUAUUGCAAUUGAUAGUGCACUCAUGGGUUGAAGGGACUGAAACGAACGGCUCCAUGUGUGAAAUAUACAGUCUCUUCCUGGAAAGUCUUCUUAAGAAGGCAAACAAGACGAAAGGAAAAUUUAAACAGCAACCCUUCCAAUGCUUCAAAGACACUGAACACAUACGGCCCAAUAUUGAAAACGUAGAUCGUCUUGCUAAAGCGGCAUUCCAUUUGUUGUUUUCAAAUAAAAGAGAAAGUUCACUAGUGUUUAGCGAUACAGAUUUGGAGGAAUUUGGAUUAGAUGAAGAAGAACGAAAAUUUGCAUUCAAAGCCGGUAUUUUAUCGGCAACACGAAAGGCGUCUGCAUUGAGAUCAUCUUCUUCAUUUUCCUUUAUUCAUAAGAGCGUACAGGAAUUCCUCGCUGCUUAUUAUAUCGCAUGCAAUACCCAUUUAAUUGAUGACAUCAUUUCCGGCUAUCUCAACCUUUACAAGGAUGCAUAUAGGGAUAUUUCACAGGUGUUUAUAUUCCUUUGUGGACUGGAAAUAUCGGCUGCGGAUAAGCUAUCUAGCAUGAUGAAUGAACAAGAUAUUGUUAUUGAUGAUUCGUAUGUGUUUUCAGGCAUUAUACUGUCAGGAUACAGAGAAUCUGUUGCGAAUAAACAUUAUGAUAGUAACCUCAAACUCAGUCACUUUCAUUUCUUAAAACCGGUAACCGAAAUAAGAAACAUCCACUGCAUCUGGAAAAACAACAUGUUCAAUAUUCUGACCUUGGAUCUAGAUAUAUGCGAGAGAUGGCGUAAGAGUCCCCGUGAGAGAAGCGAGUCUGCAUCCCAUUAUGAUUUUGACCUGUCAUCGUGUAGCAAGCUGAAACAUUUAAAACUAUGGGGGAAAGGCAUAUGGCUUAAAGAUUCUGCUUGUUCCUCCAUAUCGGAACAUCCAGUCUGGUUUGUUCUAAAUAGUGCAGACCCUCUACCAUCACUACCCUGCAUAGAACGGAUUAAAUUGAAGUUCGUUACAAUUUCCUCAAGAUGUCUACGCAGUCUGCUCAGCUCUCUGCUGACACUCGAUCAUGAGGUUAGGUGUACGCUGAAGAACUGUAGGAUAACAUCGAGUGUACAGGGAUCUGAUACAUACACAGACGUUGAUAUGACGGUGUUAAACAAUACAUUAGAAAUGGAGGUAACUAUAGACAGUCCCGGUCUGUGGGAGGCGCUGCAUAGUCUCAAUAUCAAGAGUCUCGGUCUGGAAAGUUUUGACCAUAAGUGUGUGAAACAUUGGGAGCUGUUGUCCCAGUCACUAUCAUCGCUCACACAGCUGGGAACGCUAUCAAUUCAUACAAAAAUGCGUACAUAUAUCGUCAAACAGUCACCUCAAUCAUUGAAGUAUUUAAAUAUCUUUUGUGAAACAUUGCUUCCAUCUCAAUUACGCGAACUUAUAGACACACUGCGUGCAUGUACUCAGACAAUUGAGUGUAAGCUUGAAUUUGGCAUAACAUCAAGUGUACAGGAAUCAGAUACAAAAACAGUCGUAGAUAUGACGGUGUUAAACAAUACAUUACAAAUGUACGUUAGGAAAGACAGUCCCGGUCUGUGGGAGGCGCUCCAUAGUCUCAAUAUCAAGAGUCUUAGUCUUGGUAGUGCGAGGACAUAUGUGCGAGUGAAACAUGAGGAGCUGUUGUCGCAGUCACUUUCAUCGCUCACACAGCUGGGAACGCUAUCAAUUUAUUUGCGUACAUAUAUCGUCAUACAGCCACCUCAAUCAUUGAAGUAUUUAAAUAUCUUCUGUGAAACAUUGCUUCCAUCUCAAUUACGCGAACUUAUAGACACACUGCGUGCAUGUACUCAGACAAUUGAGUGUAAGCUUGAAUUUGGCUGUGCGAUGUUAACUUUUGCCGAUGAUAAUGAUGAUGUUGCUGUUGGUGAUGAUGCUAAUUAUGAUGACGACGACGAUGAUGAUGAUGAUAAAGAAGAAACAAACGAUGAUGAUGAAGAGGAUGAAGAUGAUGAACGCAUACAGCAUCAAAUCGCACCGGAGUACAUUCCCAUCGUACAGGAACUGGAGACGAUGACGAAUGUUGCAUUGAAGCGAUUCCGAAUAUUCCGGACAGUUAAAACCAAUUAUUCUGUAGGUGUUCUAUAUGAUCAUUCAUUGAGAUGGAUGAAUGUCAUCAAUAAAAUAUCAUUGCGAAUUAUAAUUAACACAGCCUCAACAUGAGGGGUCAACCAACAUGCGGUUUUGAACAAUUGUUUUAAUUCUGUGUGGAGCAGUUUAAGUCAAUACACAUGAUCUCACUUGGAUAGCAUAAUCAAUCGCUAUAAAGUUAUCCUUUGUGUGAAUGUAAUUGUUCUAAUAAAUGAUUAAAUACGCGUCAAUUUGUAAUGAAUGUGAUGCAUUACAAAAACAUGAAAUAGAUGCAUUGUUGCUAGUUUGCGUUUAAGCAUGUGCAUUAUAUUUAAUUGUUUCCAAUAUUCCCCAGACCUUCUUUAAAAACAGUUGGCUCCGAUCAUGAAUUGUGCAGACUAACAAACAGUAAACAAAUUGUAUUAAUCAAACCGCGUGUCGUUUUAAAAUUCAUUAUGUAAUACUAAUGUGUUAAUUUGUCCCGUAUGCACAGUGCUAAUCAUUGUAAUCUUCUUUACUACCAACAGAAUAAUGCUCUUAGAAAAGAAGUUGCCAACCUUAAUAUAUCAUAUAUUCUGUUUAUUUUAGGCACUACAAUAUGUCUAUUCGUUUAUGUUGCACUAUUUGAUUUUAUAAUCUCGACUUGAAUGCCUAUCUGUAUGUUUUAGAAGUUACCUUUUGUAUAUAUACACUUACAUGUUUUGAAAAUAAUUGUGCGCACAAUUUAAGGUUUGGACUCCUUAUUGACUCCUGGAUUGACCGUUUUACCCCAGUUGUAUUCAUUUUUGUUUGUUUGUUGUGCAUUUUUUUCGUCUUAUCUGGUAAAGCGAGUUUAUACGAUCUAAUACCUUUUAAAAUACAGAUAACACGCCGAAGAAUAAAAGAAAUGAAUUAAAUUUCAGAAUAAGGAGUAGCAUGUAUUGAACGAAUGUACAGUUUUAUUCAUUUUAAAAUACUUGUUAAACUACUUCAUGUUAACAAGACAUAUUCAUUGUUUGGGAAACCCCAUAACUCUGUAAAGAUUUGUUCAUACGACACAUAGACACCAAUUGUGCACCAAAUGCGAAUUAUCGUUUUGGUAUCGGCGAAAUUUUGUUCUUCAUAAUUGGCAAUGAAGUAAACAAUAUUUGAUUCAUUGUACCAUAUUCUCGUAUGCAUUCUCAGUCUAUCUGUUGUUUUGUUUUGUAACACUGUUUGGGAAUUGGUACCUUAUAAUACAUAAGGAUCAGAUCAUGUUGUGUAUUGUAUGCUGAUGGAGUUGUUGCAUUAACAUCAAGUAUUAAUACAAUUCAGUAUUCUUCGUACUACUAACAUUUUUCUGUGAUUCAAAUUGUAUUAUUUUUUGUUCUUUAAAAAGAUAUUGAUUUAUUUUAUUGAUCAUGUUGUGUAACUAUUGUAUGCUGAUGGAGUUGUUGCAUUAGCAUCAAGUAUAAAUAAAAUUCGGUACUCUGUGUACUACUAACAUUUUACUGUGAUUCAGAUUGUAUUAUUGUUUGUUCUUUAAAAAGAUUUUAAUUUAUUUUAUUGAUCAUGUUGUGAACUAUUGUAUGCUGAUUGAGUUGUUGCAUUAACAUCAAGUAUAAAUACAAUCUGGUAUUCUGUGUACUACUAACAUUUUACUAUGAUUCAAAUUGUAUUAUCUUUUGUUCUCUAAAAAGAUAUUGAUUUAUUUUAUUGAUCAUGUUGUGUAACUAUUUUAUGCUGAUGGAGUUGUUGCAUUAACAUAAAGUAUAAAUAAAAUUCGGUAUUCUGUGUACUACUAACAUUUUACUGUGAUCCAAAUUGUAUUAUUUUUUGUUCUUUACAUAGAUAUUGAUUGAUUUUAUUGAUACAACGACAAAUUAAAGCAGUUCCAUAUAAAGCUAAAUACACUGUUAUAAUGUUUGCCUAAAAUAGCUAUAAAGUUCAUCCAUAACCAAAUUUUGAUGUUUCUGUAAGAAAAAACAAGGACUUACUAUAUUCAUGUAUUUUGUAUUAUCAUUUUGUUUAACACUAGAAACUGCAAAGUUUAUGUAUAAUACAAUUCUGUUCUGUUCUAUCAUGUAAGAAGUUUUUUAUCCUGAUGAUGUUGCACCUGGUUUACAUUUAAAUGAAUACAAGUUUAAAACAAUUACAGAUCUUUUGAAUGAUAAUUAUGACAAUUCCAUUGAAUAAAAUAUGGGCAACUGU